AGAACUGGAAUAGAGUUUGACUGCUGUUAAUCAAUAAGGAUAUAUUUUGUUAGAAAAUAGGGGAAGGUGUUUCUUUGUCUUUUCUCCUUUUGUGGGAAUGAGUUGCCAAGCAUUUACUUCAGCCGACACCUUCGUCCCCUUGAAUUCUGACUCUUCUCCUGCUCUGCCUCUGAUAAUGCAUCAUAGCGCUGCAGAAUGCUUGCCCGUCUCCAACCAUGCUACCAAUGUCGUAUCUACAGUCCCGUCUGUUUUGUCUUUGGUCCAUACUCCUAAAUGUUCCUACGUGCACUUCUCCAUGGCGACUUUGGGAAACGCGUCUACAGGUCUUCAUUAUUCUGUCCCUUCCUGUCAUUAUGGAAACCAACAGUCUACCUAUGGGGUGAUGGCAGGCAUCAAGCCUGCAACCCCAGAGAUGUUAUCAGCAAGUCUCUCCCAGAGUCGCAUUUUACAGACCUGCAGCAUGCCCCAUCCCAAUGUGGUGAAUGGAGUCAGCACUCUGCAAGGUGGCCUAACCCCUUGCCUUUAUAAAUUCCCUGAACAUGCGCUGAGUGCCAGUUCCUGUGCUCUGGGGCAUGGCUUCACUCCCAUGCACCAGUCUAUCCUUGGAGAUGAUCCCGCAGCCACUGACUUCAAGCAGGAAUUCCGCAGAAAAACCAAGUCUGUUGAAGAGCCAAUAGACAUGGAUUCCCCUGAAAUCAGGGAACUGGAAAAGUUUGCCAAUGAGUUCAAACUGAGGAGAAUUAAGCUAGGCUAUACACAAACAAACGUUGGAGAAGCCCUGGCAGCUGUGCAUGGCUCUGAGUUCAGUCAAACAACUAUUUGCCGCUUUGAAAAUUUGCAGCUAAGCUUCAAGAAUGCCUGCAAACUGAAAUUGAUAUUAUCCAAGUGGCUGGAAGAAGCAGAACAAAUAGGAGCUUUAUACAAUGAAAAAGUUGGCGUGAAUGAGCGGAAAAGAAAGCGCAGAACCACCAUAAGCAUUGCUGCUAAAGAAGCUCUAGAGAGAAACUUUGGGGAACAAAGUAAGCCUUCUUCUCAAGAGAUUAUGAGGAUGGCUGAGGGGCUUAACCUGGAGAAGGAAGUUGUGAGAGUUUGGUUUUGCAACCGAAGACAAAGGGAAAAGAGAGUGAAGACAAGUUUACACCAGAACACCUUUAGUUCCAUUAUGAAGGAGCAUCACGAGUGCCGGUAAAGUUUCCUGUGCAUAGUUGAAGAUUUCUGGGCCUUUAGGU